AUGCAAGCGCUGUUCAGCUUCGUGGGUCUACUCAAGCUAGUUCUGCGCGAACGUGAGCGUAAAAAGUAUGCGUUCGUUGUGUACUUGGUGCAUUGCUUGCAUUACCUCUGGGCAGCCAAGCGGCCCACGCUCACCCACCAAGAUACAUCGACCACACGUCAGAUCCUGCGCUCGUGUCGCCGUCUCGGUAUAUCUCCUUGCUCUGGCUCGUACCUGCAAACCCAUCUCCAAACGCUUAUGGUGGCGUUGUCCGUAACGGCUCCUACGAUCACAUACGACAGACAGCUCCUGACUCUGUCCGACAGAGGGACGGUGUCACUGGACUGGGCCAUUCCAACGACGCACUAA